AUGGUAAUAGCAGCUAGCUUGAUUGAACACUGUUGUAACGCUAAUAGCAUCUAGCCUCAUUGAACACUGUUGUAACGCUAAUAGCAGCUAGCCUGAUUGAACACUAUUGUAACGCUAAUAGCAGCUAGCUUGAUUGAACACUGUUGUAACGCUAAUAGCAGCUAGCUUCAUUGAACACUGUUGUAAUGCUAAUAGCAGCUAGCUUCAUUGAACACUGUUGUAGCGCUAAUAGCAGCUAGCUUGAUUGAACACUGUUGUAACGCUAAUAGCAGCUAGCUUGAUUAAACACUGUUGUAAUGCUAAUAGCAGCUAGCUUGAUUAAACACUGUUGUAACGCUAAUAGCAUCUAGCCUCAUUGAACACUGUUCUAACGCUAAUAGCAGCUAGCUUGAUUAAAAACUGUUUUAACGCUAAUAGCAGCUAGCUUGAUUAAAAACUGUUUUAACGCUAAUAGCAUCUAGCCUCAUUGAACACUGUUGUUAAAUAGCUGUUGUUAAUAGCAGGUAUGGGGCAGUCUCAGUCUGGUGCUAAAACUCUCACAGAAGCACUCACAUGUUAUUUGAUAGUGGUCAUUGGUUAAAGUUCAGUCUUUAUUUUUCAACCUCUGUCUCUCUCUCUAUCUCUCUCUCUCUCUCUCUCUCUCUCUCUCUCUGUCUCUCGCUCUCUCUCCAGGACUCGUGUGAGAUGGCCCCCCCCACACCCCCAGAGGAAGUUGACCCCUCCCCUCGCAGGAAACGUGGCCGGCGGAAAAUGGAGCCUCUGGAGCCGAAGGAACCUAACAUGGAGGCAAGGACUCCACUUAGCUGGUCUGCAGCGUGCCUGUAUAAUAAUAAGAUGGUCAUUCAGCAAAGACAGACAGGCAGACAGAGAGACAGACAAAACUAG